AGGGGGUUGCUUGGUGACGCGCUUUCGCUGGCGGAAAAGUCAAAGUCAGUCUUUUCCGCUCAGCCACCUGGACCGCCGCCCGUGCAGCUCAACAGCCCGUCACAGACUGCCCGAAUCCGGCAGGCGUUGCGAUGGAAAAGGGGUGGCUGGCUGUGUUGGUGCCGCUGGCGGCGCUGGUCCGCAUGAUGCCCGCGGCCGACAACGUGUUGCGUUUCGAUUACUGCGUAAUCGGCGGCGGGCCGGCCGGUCUGCAAAUGGGACACCUGCUGGCCGAGGCCGGACGCCACUACGUCGUCAUCGAGAAGUCCAACAUCUCAGGCAGCUUUUUCGCUCGCUACCCCCGGCACCGCCGGCUGAUUUCCAUCAACAAACGCAGCACGGGCAAGCGGAACAGGGAGUUUAACUUCCGGCACGACUGGAACUCGCUGCUCUCGAAAGAUCCGCGCCUCGUCUUCUCCUCCUUCUCUCAAGAGCUCUUCCCGCAGGCGCAGCAGAUGGUGCAGUAUUUGAACGAAUUCCAACGCCUGCUCCACGUCCGAGUGCGUUUCAAUACGCUCGUCACGCAGAUUCGCCGCCAGCACGAAACCAAAACAUUUCUCAUUUCGACCAACCGAGACUUCAGCCUCCAGUGCCGUUGGGUGAUUGUGGCAACGGGCUUGUGGUUGCCGAACGUUCCAACGUUUCCUGGUUCAGAGCUGCUGGAGAUGUACGACCAAGUGUCGGUCAAUCCUAAAGAAUUCCACGGACAAAGGGUUCUCAUCCUGGGCAGAGGAAACUCGGCUUUUGAAACUGCGAACAACAUUUACGGGGAAACUGCGCUCGUGCACAUGGUGAGUCGCUCGAGAGCCAGACUCGCGUGGAGCACCCACUACGUCGGCGAUUUGAGGGCUGUGAACAACGACUUGCUGGACACGUACCAGCUGAAGUCGUUGGACGGGCUGUUGGAGGCGGACGUGCGCGGCAUGACCCUGCGGAGGAGCCGCGGCGGCAAGCUCAGGGUGCGGUUCAACAGCUCGCUCGACCUGGAGCUGGCCAGCGACGCCGACAGCUUCGCCCUGCGCGACGCCUACGACCGCGUCAUCGCUUGCCUCGGCUUCAAGUUUGACGACUCCAUCUUCCACAGGUCAACGAGGCCUGCGAGGUGUCGUCUGGCGUCGAAAUACCCGGCGGUGAAAUCGAAUUACGAGUCUGAGAACGUGGCUGGGCUGUUCUUCGCCGGCACGCUCGCCCACUCGCUCGACUUUCGCCGUUCCGCGGGCGGCUUCAUCCACGGCUUUCGCUACACCGUGCAAGCGCUGCACCGGCUGCUGGAGCGGAAAAACCACGGCGUCGCGUGGGCGUCACGCCGCCUGCCGCUGCGGCACCUGGUCAACACGCUGCUGGUGCGCGUCAACCAGGCCGCCGCCACCUACCAAAUGUUUGGCCAGCUCGCCGACGUCUACUUGAUACGCAACAACAACAAGUCCGAGUUUACGCUGGUGCCCGAGUUUCCGGCGGCGCUGGUGGGCCGCCUGGGCGAGCUGGCGGGCCACAGCGGCGCCGGCGGCUCCGUGCUGGUGUCGCUGCUCGAGUACGGCGCCGACUUCUCGGGCCCGGCCAAGGACACGUUUCGGCCCGACCGAGCGACGGGCGACCCGCAAGAGGCGCACCGCUCCAAUUUCCUCCACCCCGUCCUCUAUUUCUACCGACAGCCGCCCACAGAGACUGAUCUUUUAAAGGACGACCACGGGACGCACUUGCUGCCGCGGCCGGACAAAAUGCACCACGUGCUGGAAGACUUCCUCACGCAGUGGACGGCGCCGACGGCCCACGUGCUGCCCUUGCGGCGUUUCCUCGAGUCCUGCCUCGGUCGCGACCUGAGCUCAGGGAGCGCCAGGGGCGACUGCUUCGUCAGUCAGCUCGAGUCGAAAACGGACCUUUCGGCUUGCUUCCUCGAUUCUAAAUAAACAUAAAACUAUUGGGCUAAUUUAAUUGUAACGCGAGGAAAAAAACCAAAAGGUUUUACUUGUAUGUUUUAUUAUUAAAUUAGAAAUUAAUAAAUAUUGUUUGCAGAAUCUAUGAGAUUCGUGUCGGUGCUAUAUGGAAAUAAAAUUGUCACAGUCCGAG